AUGGCUCCUAUUGAUCAGUUGUUUGACAUUCCUGCCGACUUUGAUAUGGACUUUGUCGACCCUGAGCCUGUUAUAGCACCAGAGCCUGUCGUUGACCAUGACCCUGUCCUUGAUGAUGCAGCAGCUAUUGCACCGCCUGAUGUGGAUGCACCAGCUCUUGCACCACCCAUUGUUGACCUUCCCAUUGUUGCACCACCAGUGGUGGAUGAUCCUAUUGCUGAUGCACCUUUACCUGAUCCCGUGCCAGCAUUGGUUGACCGUGCACCUUUCGCUGCUCACAGCGAUCCUCGUUGUGCUGACACCCGUAACGGGUGGAUCGAGGAUGAUGAUGACUAUCCACCGUUUUUGCUACCCGUCACUCCUCCCGUAGCACCUGUUUCCGCACCUAUUGAUGUUUCAUUGUUUCCCCCACACACCCCUGACGUCCAUCGCACUGAUCUUCCUAUCACAUUCCUCCAGGACAUUCCACCACCUCGUCCUGGGGAGGGUUCAUCGUGGCAGCCACUUGUUUUUGUUCCACCUGUAUCGGCAUCUGUUCCUUUCAUGUCCUAG